AUGCUUGAGCCUUCGUCUGAGACGUCUGAAGAAAGCCCGGGCACCAAGGAAGCCGAGCCGCAGAACCCGAAGCGCCGCUGCAGCCGCCGCCGCCGCCGCUGCAGCCGCCGCCGCCGCUGCAGCCGCCGCCGCCUCUCUGACGGCUUCGACAGCUUUGCCACCUAUUUCGGAAGGGAGCUGCAGCGGGUCCAGGAGGGCCUGAGCCUCUCGCAGGAGGCCGUGAACGUCAUGGAUUCGUUCGUGAAGGACAUCUUUGAGCGAAUCGCCGACGAGGCGGCGCGCCUGGUCCGCUCCAGCAAGCGCUCCACCCUCACCUCCAGAGACAUGCAGACCUCCGUGCGCCUGCUGCUGCCUGGGAAGAGGGGCAAGCACGCCAUAUCCAGCGCCACCAAGGCAGUCAUUCGGUACAUAACCGGCAAAUGAGCUGCCUCCGGACCACCUGAGCAUCGCAAACCAAAGGAUCUUUUCAGAGCCACCUCAGUUUUCUUAAUAAGAACUGUAUUCUGAUAAACUUUGAUCGACUUUAUUUUUUAAAGUGUGUCAUCCUGCUAAUUUUUAAACAUCUUUUUUACAAAGAACUAAAUAUUAUCAACUACAUUUUAAUAUAUCUAUGGUCUAAUUUGCUCAAAAUGAAAUAGUGAGUUUUGUUCAAUAAUGUUGCAUUAUACCACUUUACUAAAGAGUGAGUUCUUUUAUCUUUCUAGGUCAACCUUUCACAGGGUCUGUAAGAUAAAGUUAUUUACCUUUUUCACUCUCAUUUUCUCAUGAAUGUAUGGCAAAAUUUUCCAGAGAUUCAUUAUGUACCGUAAUGACAACAAAUUAAGUGCAGGAACAUGUAUAAGAAUUCAACAGACAUAUUAGAAGAGAUAUUAAGGAGGUUUUCUUUUUCUUUUUUUUUAAUUGAAGUAUAGUUGAUUUACAACGUUGUAUUAGUUUCUGGUGUACAGCAAAGUGAUUCAGUUAUACAUAUAUAUAAUCUUUUUCAUAUUCUUUUUCAUUACAGGUUAUUACAAGAUAUUGAAUAUAGUUCCCUGUGCUAUAUUGUAGGACCUUGUUGUUUAUCUGUUCUAUAUAUAGUAGUUUGUGUCUGCUAAUCCCAAACUCUUAAUUUACUCCUCCCCCCUCCUUUCCCCUUUGGUAACCAUAAGUGUGUUUUCUAUGUUUGUGAGUCUGUUUGUUUUGUAAAUAAGUUCAUUUGUAUCAUAUUUUAGAUACCACAUGUAAGUGAUAUCAUAUGGUAUUUGUCUUUCUUUGACUUACUUCACUUAGUAUGAUGAUCUCUAGGUCCAUCCAUGUUGCUGUAAAUGGCAUUAUUUUAUUCUUUUUCAUGGCUGAGUAGUAUUCCAUUGUAUAUAUUCCACAUCUUUAUCCAUUCGUGUCAAUGGACAUUUAGGUUGCUUCCAUGUCUUGGUUAUUGUAAAUAGUGCUGCUAUGAACAU